ACCCUCACUAAACCUCAUCAUUUCCUCUAAUUACUUGCUGGGUUAUUCUCUAUUUUAGCAGUUGUACUACCUUUACCUGGAAACGAAGCCCUCUUUCUUCCUUUGCUGCCGAUUCAAAUCAAAUCAUAUUUUAAUUCCAUUCCAGUUUCCAACUCAGAGCAACCGAGGCCCCAGUUGUCCACCACCACUCGCCGCUAAGAAAAAGGCAUAAAACAAAGGGGGGAAAAAAGCAAGUAGAGGGCAGUUUUCGUGGGUCUUCACCACCCAGUUCUUGCUCGAGAACCCAACUUUGAUCUGCAUUUAAGUUGUUGAAGACUUCAGCAGAAAUAAAUUUAGGGAAAAAAACAAGCUAGGGGUUUUAUCUUUUCUUAUCCAUUCCUUUUUUCUUUUUUUUUUUUUAAAAAAAUUUAUUAUUGUUCAGAGAGGAUGGCGAGUCCUCUGUCAGAGAGAUUAGCACUGACACCAAAGACUCAGGUGACUACUCUGAUGACGCCAUUUACUGUGCCGGAUUCUGGUGGUAGAGUUUUCAGGACGCCGUUGACUGAUGAAGCCAUAUGGAAGCGACUUAAAGAGGCUGGUUUCGAUGAAGAGUCUAUCAAACGGAGGGACAAGGCUGCUCUUAUCGCCAAUAUUGCCCGCCUUGAAGCUGAGAAAUACGAUAUUGAACAUCAUAUGGGUCUUAUCCUCUUGGAAAGAAAAGAGUGGGUUUCAAAGUAUGAUCAAUUGAAAGCUGCUGCUGAUGCUGCUGAGUUGAACUAUAAGCGUGAACAGGCUGCACGUGCAUCUGAUUUGGCUGAAGCAAAGAAGCGAGAAGAUGCUCUUAAGAAAGCUCUUGGUGUUGAGAAAGAAUGUGUUGCAAAUAUUGAGAAAGCACUGCAUGAGAUGAGAGCAGAGUCUGCUGAGGCAAAAGUUGCAGCUGAGAGUAAAUUGGCUGAAGCACGAAGUGUGACAGAGGAUGCUCAGAAGAAAUUAACUGAGGUUCAGGCAAAACUCUGUGCAGCAGAAUCAUUGGAAGCAGAAGCUAGUCGAUAUCACCGAGCUGCUGAAAGAAAGCUACGUGAAGUUGAAGAACGUGAAGAUGACCUUAGAAGGCGGAUCUUGUCAUUCAAAUCUGAGUGUGACAACAAAGAGAAUGAAAUCCACUCUGAGAGGCAAUCUUUACGUGAAAGGCAAAAAGUUUUGCAGCAGUCUCAAGACAGAUUGCUUGAUGGGCAAUCUUUACUUAACCAAAGGGAGGAGUACGUUUUUAACAGAUCUCAAGAAUUAACCAGGCUUGAGAAGCAAUUGGAAGCUUCAAAGUUGGAUGUAGAGAACGAGCGCAAAGUUCUUUUUGAGAAAAAACAAGAUUUGGAUCUUUUACAAACGUCCUUGUCAGCAAGAGAGGAGGCUGUUAUCAGCAAGGAGUGUGAACUUACAAAGAAAGAGGAAGAGCUGCUUAUUCUACAAGGGAAAUUAGCUAACAAAGAGUUUGAUGGGGUUCAACAAGCAGUAGAUGAUCGUGAAGCUGCAUGGAAUGUACAAAAGUCUGCUUUUGAGGCAGAGAUGGAAAUGACACGCAAAUUGGUGGAAGAAGAAAUUGAAUCCAAGAGGCGGACUUGGGAGUUGAGGGAAAUCGAUAUGACGCAAAAGGAGGAGCUUGUGAAGGAUAAAGAGCAUGAUUUAGAGAUUCAAGCAAAAGCAAUUGUGGAAAAGGAGAAAGAUUUGGAAGAAAGGCUUCAUUCACUUGAAGAAAAAGAAAAAAACCUUGUUGCUGCUGAGGGAGAGGUGGAGUUGACUAAGUCCCUGCUGGAGAAAGAUAAAGAAGAGAUCAACCAAAUAAAGCUUGACCUCCAAAAGUCUUUGGAUUCUUUGGAGGAGAAAAAGAAACAAAUAUGUUAUGCUGAAGAGAAAAUGGAGGCAAUGACAAGUGAAACAAAUGAUUUACUGGUUCUAGAAAAAAGAUUGAAGGACGAGAUUGACAUGAUCACAGCACAGAAGCUGGAGCUUGAGGCUGAAGCAGAUCAGCUGAAAGCAGAGAAAGCAAAGUUUGAGACUGAAUGGGAAUUAAUUGAUGAGAAAAGAGGUGAGCUCAGAAAAGAAGAAGAACGUGUUGCUGAAGAGAGGUUAGCCAUUUACAAGUUUCUUAAGGAUGAGCGCAACAACCUCAAAUUGGAGAAGGAUGCAAUACGUGAUCAGUAUAAACGUGAUCUUGAGUCUCUUUCUUGUGAUCGUCAAACCUUCAUGAGCGAGUUAGAGUGUGAAAGGUCUGAGUGGUUCAACAAAAUUCAAAAAGAACGUACAGAGAUUUUGCGAGACAUUGAAGUGCAGAAAAAUGAACUUGUGAACCGUGUUGAAAAGAGGCGUGAAGAGAUAGAAAGUUAUCUCAAGGAAAGAAUGGAAGUUUUUGAUGAAGAAAAGAAGAAAGAACUUCAGGAGAUUGCUUCUCUUAGAGAAACUGUGCAGAAGGAAAUGGAAUUUGUUAACUCAGAAAUGAAAAGACUGGAUGCUGAAAAAAAGGAGAUCCAAUUGGACCGUGAAAAACGAGAUGAGGAAUGGGCUGAGCUAAAUCGUUCUAUAGAAGAACUUAAGUUGCAGAGAGAGAAAUUGGAAAAACAGAGAGAACUACUGCAUGCAGAUAGGGGAGAGAUUCUUGCUCAGAUUGAGGAAUUGAAGAAAUUGGAGGACUUAAAAGUCAUUCCAGAUCGUAUCACUCCACGAAAGGUGCCGGCAAAGAAUAAAAUAGAUUCAAAUGGUACUGCGCACAAUUCAGGUCGAUCAGAUACUGGACCGUCUGCUCUCUCUGCUCCUUUGUCUUGGCUUAAGCGCUGUGCUGAUACACUGCUUGAGCAAACUCCAAGUAGCAAAAAGAGAAGGCAAGAGAAAGAUGUUGCUUUGGACAGUUUUUCUCCAAGUGCAUUAUCAAAAGAAGCAAAUGCUGCAGAGGCUGUGAAUGCUGCAAAACCAAUUAACCAAACUCCUGUUGGUGCUGAGGAGACCACUGUAUAUAUAGAUAAAAUCAUAACGAUUCGGGAAGUAACCUCAGUAGAUGUUGGAAGAGCUAGUGGGGAUAGUCAGGAGUUUGUGCCCCAAGAAAGUGACGAUAUACUUGAUAACAAUAAUGGGCUAAAGAGCAAUGACAAUAUAAACCUUGAGACCGAAGCUAGAGUGGCGAGGUAGAAAAACAAGCAAAUUCUUCUUGCUGCAUUUAUAUAGCUUUGGUUCUUGGAGAUAGCUAUCCAUGGAAGUCUGCACCAAAAUGGUCAGGAUAAGCGACUAGAUACUGGGGGCUCUUUUAACGUGGCCUGCUAUUAGUCUUCUAAGCUGACUAAUCUUGUAAAUGCUACUUUAUGUGAGCUUUUAAUCAUGCGUGCUUUUGUUAGGUAGGUGAUGUUAAUAGGUGUUUGAUAGCAUUCCUUGGCUGAAAGGAAGGUUUUUAGUAUAGUUGUGCUGGUUUUUAGCUCAUAACUUUGUACCAGUGUGUGCUUGUGCUGGUAAUGUAGACAUGCAAGUGAGAAGUAUGUGGUGCUUAGAUGUGGAUUUAACCGUCUUGGAACUCUGGGGUCCUUGGUAUUUCGUGGUGUUUAGUUUUUACAAUAUUUGAUAUCUGAGAAUCGGAUACCUCAUUGCACAAUAGUAUAGUUUAUAUUUUCCUCGCCCUC